AUGAAAUCCGCGCCAGGCCCCUUCUCUCUGCGGGGAGGGUCCGUCCUGGCCCCGCUGCCGAGGGCAGAGGUGGGGUGGGGGUCCCCCAGCUCGUCCCCCUUGGCUGGGACGAUCAUCAGCCAGAUCGUGUCCUCCAUCACGGCCUCCCUGCGCUUCGAUGGGGCCCUCAGUGUCAACCUGGCGGAGUCCCAGACCAAGCUGGUGCCAUACCCUCACACCCACGUCCCACUGGCUGCCUACGCCCCCGUCAUCUCGGCCAAGGCGGCUUAUCAUGAGCAGCUGUUGGUGGCCGAGAUCACCAAAGCCUGCUUGGAGCCGGCCAACCAGGUGGUGAAGUGUGACCCGCGGCAUGGCAAGUACAUGGCAUGCUGCCUGCUGUACCGUGGGGACGUGGUGCCCAAGGAUGUCAAGGCCGCCAUCGCCACCAUCAAAAGCAAGCGUAGCAUCCAGUUUGUGGACUGGUGCCCCACCGGUUUCAAGGUGGGCAUCAACUACCAGCCGCCCACGGUGGUGCCCGGGGGGCACCUGGGCAAGGUGCAGCGCGCUGUGUGUGUGCUGAGCAACACCACGGGCAUUGCCGAGGCCUGGGCCCUCCUGGACCACAACUUUGACGUGAUGUAUGCCAAGCGGGUGUUCGUGCACUGGUACGUGGGGGAGGGCAUGGAGGAGGGGGAGCUCUCAGAGGCCCGGGAGGACACGGCUGCCCUGGAGAAGGAUUAUGAGGAGCUGGGGGCGGAUUCAGUGGAAGGGGAGAGAGAGGAGGAAGGGGAGGAAUACUAA